UUUAUCUAGAAAGAAUAUAGAAUCAGAUAUUGUAAUUUACAGAUUUUAUAAUCUGUAAAAAUUGUUACAUUGAUUCCAAAAAUUUUUUCCCCCAAUUUUGAGCGUCUGUUCAGAAAAAUGCACAAAACCUUUCUGCAAUUAAAUGCAUGCUGCUGACACACUGUCUGACUAUGUCUUAUCUUUCAUGAGGAGAGGAAAUGUUUAUGCUCAUAUAGCACUCUGAACCUUUCUGUAUACAGGAGUGAGGUCACGUCCCUAGGAAACUCUGCUUGUGUAUACACGUAUCUGCCACACAAGAAGUAUUGUUAAGCUUCUUAGAAAGGCCCCCUCAAGGCCCCUUGCUUCCAAACACUUUCACAGUCUUAUGUACCGCAUUCUAAACCGGUGACAUUUAUCAGCUGCCUAUCAACUUUGGCUUCUUCCAUGCAAAAUGGGGCCAUGGGGGAUAGUUGAAAUUGCAAUGUUUUAUAAGCGUUAUGAUUAGAGAAGGCAAAUCGGCAACACUGGCCUACUUCCUGCUAAUACGAGACUGAUGUUGCGUGUGUGUGCUUCGUGUGGAAAACAGAGUUACAUACGGACAAAGUGCAUGAAUUGUGAUGUUGGAAUCUGCAUUCAGUUGGAUGACACAGGAGGGAAGACUGUAUACUUAUAAAGCACGUGCCCAAAAAUAAUGUAAGUAGAACAAGAAUUUCUAUCUUAAAAUUAGAUUUUAAAACACUGUGAGCAUGCGUGGACUGUGAAUCACCAUACGGUGUUGUUCAGCCACUCGACUUUACUUUAAAGGUCCCCAUAUGGUGUCUUUCGGCUCAUAAAGGUUAAUAACUGGACAUUUUUAUGUUAAGCAUCCGAAACUGCAACAAUAUCCUGAAAGGUUUUUCAAUUACUAUCACAUGUCAAAAUCUUCAUUUGAGGAACUGUUAUGCAAAAUAAAACCAAGACUUCUAAGGAAGAACACAAAAAUGAGAAUGGCAAUACCAACCGAAGAAUUAAGGUACCUCGCCUCGGGAAACAGUUUAACAGAUAUAGAAGAAAUGUACAGCGUUGGUCAACCUACAGCAGGGAAUAUUGUACGGCGAGUGUGUACUGUUAUAUGGGAUAUCAUGAAAGAAGAAUGUAUCCCAAUUCCUACAACGGAAAAGUGGUAUGAAAUUGUGAAAUGUUUUGAAACACGAGCUCAUUUCCCACACUGCAUAGGUGCAGUUGACGGUAAACAUAUAAUAAUAAUUCGACUGUACAGAAGUGGAUCUCUAUUUUUCAAUUACAAACAUUAUUUCUCCAUUCUUCUUCUGGCUCUGGCAGACUCAAAUUAUCAAUUUGUUUGUGUGGAUGUCGGUUCAUAUGGGAAGGAUUCAGACUGCAGUAUAUUUAAGAAUUCUUCUUUAUGGACUGCAUUAGUUCAGCACUCUCGGCACUCCUAAACGAGAGCAGUUUUGUGGUGUCACAUCUGCAGUGCCUUAUGUCAUUGUUGGUGAUGAGGCAUUUGUGCUUACUAACUUUCUACUAACUCCUUAUGCAGGGAAUGAUCUAUCCAAAAAAAAGGUUUUUAAUUAUUGACUAACAUUAGCGCAUAGGUAUGUAGAAUGCACAUUCA